AUGAAGAAAAAUGAACGAAAGACGCCGGUUGAGGCCGACAGUGAUGAUGAUAUCAUUUCUGCCCCUCCUAUUCGCACCAAACGCCGUCAAGGCGUUGCAGCCGAAAGUUAUGAUCCAGAGAAGGAAGUGGAGUUUGUGAAGGUUGUACACGAGAAGACUGAAGAACAGCGUGUGCGUCUAACACAGGCCACGAAAGGAAUACUUCUUUUCAAGGGUCUAGAAGAAGAGCAGAUGCGAGCUGUCAUCGAUGCAAUGUACGAAAGGAAGGUUGAAGUAGGCGAAGAAGUGAUUAAACAGAAUGAAGACGGUGACAACUUCUAUGUCAUCGAGAACGGUGUGUUUGACAUUAUUGUUGACAAAGGCGACGGCCCCAAGAAGGUUGGACAAUACGAUAAUAAUGGAUCUUUUGGCGAACUUGCUCUGAUGUACAAUACUCCGCGUGCCGCCACGAUUCGCGCAAUCACCCCUGGCGUCUGUUGGGUGAUGACUGGAGAGGUGUUCCGCUGUAUUGUACUAAAGUCAGCCUUCGAGAAACGAAGGAUGUACGAAGAACUGUUAAAUCGUGUGCCUAUUUUGGAAAGUCUCAGCGCCUACGAAAGAAUGAGUAUCGCGGAUGCACUUCGAACGGAAGUUUAUGUGGACGGAAGCCUUAUCAUUAAGCAAGGUGACCCAGGAGACGAAAUAGCAGUUGGACGUACUAAACUGGCAGUUUUGGACGUUGGCAGUUUCGAGCGGCUGCUUGGACCCUGCCUUGACAUUCUUCAACGCAAUAUUGACGAUUACGAAAAUCAGCUGAAACGCGUGUUUGGAAGCCUUGACAACGUCCCAGAAUUACGUCACUGA